ACAACCACCAAAGCAACUAUGAUUUAACGUUGGAAUGAAGAUCGCGGGGGAUCUGAUAAAUAAUAUUGAGAAGCACGCAAUUUGCCAAAUUGCCGUUGAGGCUUUUAGAGAUAGAGAGAGAAAUAGAGAGAGAGAGCAGACCAUCUGUCUCUUUCUCUAAACAACCUCCUCAAUUCUUUACCUUCUUUCCAUUUUUCUCUGUUCCAUCUCCGGCGACCAGGAAGAGGAAGAAGAAGAAGAAGAAGAAGAAGAAGAAGAACCGGUAAUCAGGAAUUUCUGAAAGAUCGGUCAUUGUUUGCUGUCGGUGUUGAUAUUGUUUUCUGGUGUCGUCCAUGGAACUUCCUAGCUCAUGGGAUGCCCUUCGCAAGCAGGCAAGGAAACUCGAAGCUCAGUUGGAUGAGCAGAUGAAUUCUUAUCGCAAACUAGUUUCAACAAAGGGAUCUGGAAAAGUUGAUGCUGGCGAAAAUGAUCUUGAAUCUGGCAUAGACAAACUGUUGAAGCAGCUCCAACAAGUAAAUUCCCAGAUGCGAGCUUGGGUUUCAUCAGGUGGAUCAGAAAUGGUUUCUCAUACCUUGACUAGGCAUCAAGAAAUUCUUCAAGAUCUCACUCAGGAGUUUUAUCGUCUCCGGUCCAGUCUUAGAGCUAAGCAAGAACAUGCUUCACUUCUUGAGGAUUUUAGGGAGUUUGAUCGAACAAGAUUGGACUUGGAAGAAGGUGUUGGUUCUCCUGAGCAAGCUCUCCUAAAAGAGCAUGCAGCUAUAAGCCGAAAUACAGGACAGAUGGAUACUGUCAUCUCUCAAGCUCAAGCAACGCUAGGUACACUCGUCCUUCAACGGUCAACUUUUGGUGGUAUCAAUUUAAAGCUCAGCAAUGUUAGCAGUCGCCUUCCAACGGUAAAUCAUCUUCUUUCGGCAAUAAAGAGGAAAAAGUCCAUGGAUACCAUCAUACUCUCUCUUGUUGCAUCUGUAUGCACGUUUCUCAUAUUUAUCUACUGGUUGAGCAAGUGAGGAUGUGAUCGUGUUUCUACUUUAUGCUUGUGGUGGAAUUGCUGAAUGCUCCGAGUUUGAUGCUCUUUCCUGGAUUAGGAGGUCGUCUUUUGUUAGCCUACGGUGGAAUAUAUUCUUGUGGAUAGUCCAAUAUACUUUCUUUCAUCUCUGUAACAGAACGGAUUGCCUAGUACGGCUAAAGGUUACGCAAAGACAGGAUAUCAAUUUGAUCCCUUCUAUGGUACAAAAUAUAUCAUUUUUUUGUUUUUUUUGUUUUUAAAGGUAAUAUGGCAUGGCCUUGACAGCUGAAAUGAAAGGUAUGGGAAUUAGUCUAUAGUUUUUGCAA